ACACAGAUAUCGACUGACUUCAUAGUUUUCCUGCAGGGAUCCUCUAUCUUACCUCCUCCUCGUCAUUACUCAACAGCUGAAAUGGCUUUAAAUGGUAAAAUUGCUGUAGUGACAGGAGCAGUGAUGGGAAUAGGAAAAGCCGUAACGGAGCUACUUCUGCAAAACGGUGCCAAGGUAGCUCUCUUGGAUGUGAAUCGAAUUGCAGGAGAGAGUUUAAUGGAAACCCUCAAGAAACAGUACGGACAAGAGAGAACUUUGUUACUGAACUGUAAUGUUGAAUCAGACGAGCAGAUCAAAGCUGCCCUUCAGAAAACUGCAGACACCUUUGGGGGGAUAGACAUCCUGUGCAACAAUGCCGGUAUCAUGAAUGAGAGCACAUGGGAGAGAAUGGUUUCCAUAAACCUUAUGGGCGUUAUCAGGGUGACCUACGUGGCUCUGGAGCACAUGAGCAAGUUGGCGGGUGGUCGGGGAGGGGUCAUCGUCAACACAGCAUCUUUGGCAGGUCUUGGUCCUCUACUGAACUGUCCUGUCUACACAGCCACCAAGCAUGGAGUGAUUGGAUUCACUCGAGCCAUGGCAGAUGCCUCUACCGCAUCAGGCUAUGGUAUACGAGUCAACGCUCUUUGCCCAUCUUUCGUCCAAACGGACCUCUUCACCAACGUCCUAUCCAUACUCAGACAAUCCUCCCAUCUUGCAGCUGCAACCCAUCAAAUGAUUGAAAAGUUUGGGGUUUUAAAUGUGUCAGAGGUCGCUGAUGCCCUCCUAGAGCUGGUGACGGAUGACACAAAGAACGGAGAGGCUCUGAUUGUUGUCCCAAACGAAAGGAAUUAUAUAACUUUUCCGUCAAUUCUGAAAUAACUUCUGGCUGCAACAAAGUCAAAGUCACUGUGACAUGACACACACACUACGGAUUUGGCCAUAACUCAAGCAUUCAUAAUACCUUUUCAUAAAACCAUCAAGUUCAGCCCAUUUUUCUCGACACUUAAGUCGGUUCCUUGUCAUUUCACUUCAAAUGAAUGUCAUGAAGUUGAAGUAAAUAUUCUCAUACA